UCCAACGGUGUGGGCAAGAGGGCAGAGCGCCGGGCUUGGAUCCCACUGUGGGCACCAGGGGGCAGCACAAACCUAAUUAUGUCCUCCUAACUGAACUGGAGACUCGCGAAAGCUUCAGGAGACGAGAGAAGGGGAGCCAAUGGGACGGCCACAAUUCGAGAGAGCCCAGGACACCACCCAUUGGCCAUCUCCUCCCCCUAAAUUGGGAUGGGUGGGUGUCAGGACGCUGGCGUAAGAAAGUAGGGAGGGAGAAAUCUUCCAAGGAUUGCUGAUGACUCACGCAUCUGUAUUGAGCAAGAUCUCUGGGUGUGUGGUGGUAUGUUGUGUCUAUGUGAUUUACAUGUUGACGUGUCUUUGUGCAGAGUUUGUUUCUGUGUUUUUCUGUGCUUGUCUCAGAAAGGGAGACUUUCCCCAAAAUCCUGCAGCGUAGGAUUUGAACCCAUGCCUCUGGAAUACAAGGAGGAAAUCUCGGAGAAGACAAUGACUUUUAUUCCACUGAACUCCUCCUUAUGCUAUCUUAAUAACACUGGUUAUCUUCAUGAGUGCUACAUGUACCCAGUGGCCAGCCCAUCCUGGCCCAUCCCAGCGAAUCCCAUGAAUCCUCUUGCUAGCCUCCUGUACCACCAGUGAUCGAGUGGUUUCUAGAUCGAUGUGUCUGGCUGGUAGGAAUAAAGAAGACAAAAAAAGUCCCGGUCCCAUCUGAGUCCCUGUUCUCCGGCCGCCCCUGGGGACCGCUGAGAGCCCUAAGGGUGGGGCUGCUCCUGAGAAGGCUCCUCAGGUGUACUUAGCCCCUCCUCGGAGAACCCAAGAGUUGGCUGGGCAGUGGGAGGAAGGGGAAGCCAAAGGAGAAACUUCCUUGAGUUGUUUGCAGGAGCCAAUUCUUGGAUUCCCAAGUGCGUGCUUCCAUGCCUGGAAGAGGUCCAGGGCCGGGAGGAGGGCAGAGGCAGCCAAGAGGAGUGAGGACCCUUCUUCCACCUGUGAGCUGACAGAAGGUCAUGGGCAUGCACCCAGAGCCCUGAGGUCAGCCUUCCAAGUGGGGAUCCCCCCUUUUACACACACACUCACACACACACACACACACACACACACACACACACACACAUACUUUCUUCCUCUUCCUCCUCUGGCACACUUUCUCUUCUCUGUUGUCGUCAGAGAUCCAGGGAGGGACUCAAGGCCAGAAGAGAAGCCGGAAACGGCAGACAGAAGCAGCCGUGGCUUGCGCUGACGAGGAAGACCUGGAAAGGAUUGUUUUUUUGUUUUUUUUUUUAAUCGAGGGGUGGGGACCCUAACGGGGAAGGCCCCCACCUUGCUGGACAGAGUCCCAAGCCCAUGGGUCCAGGCAGUGUCCACUGAGAGAGGGAGAAGACUCCAAAGGGGUUGCUAAAGGUGGCCUCCCAAUUCUCAGACUAUGUCUCUCUGGAGUCUAGUUUCCAAGAUGCCCCCAGAAAAAUUCCAGGGGUUGUUUGUACAAUUUCCCCAACAUCUCCGGCAUCUUCUGGGGGAUUGGUUGGAGAACCAACCCUGGGAAUUCCUAGGUGGUUCUGAUGCCUUCUCUUGCCGGAUAGCCAGCACCUUGCUCUCUGAAACCGUCCAGCAGUUGAAGUCUGCAGCUGGCGAGCAAGGAGAAGGGAGGACGACCUUGCAGCACAUUAGUAGCCUAGAGAAUCUGUGCCAGAGAGACCCACUGAAGUUGGUGAGCACUUUCCGACAGAUUUUACAAGGAGAGAAGGUGGCUGUCUUGGAGCAGUUCCAUCACCUGCCCCUUGCUUUCCACUGGAAACAAGAAGAGCUCAAGUUUGGUGUGAUAGUUCAAAGGCUGCAGCACCAUGUGGGAGAGAUCAGGGCCCUCCGAGAGACCACAGGACAAGCAUGUCUACAGAGCAUGAUGGAGGAAUCAGCUAAUGGAACAAAUUCAAAUGAGCCAUUGCUAAGGUUACUACAGGAGACAAUCAAGGAGCUGGAGGGGGCCCGAGCCCUGGUCCUCAAGAAGAUCCAGAUUUGGAAACGGCAGCAGCAGCUGGCCGGGAAUGGGGCACCCUUUGAUGAGAGCCUGGCACCCCUUCAAGAGAGGUGUGAGAAUCUGGUGGACAUUUAUUCCCAACUGCAGCAAGAGGUGGGUGGGGCCACUGGGGAGCUGGAGCCCAGUAUCCAGGCUGCACUGAAUGGCCGACUGGAUGAUGUCCUUCGGACCCUGGUUACCAGCUCUUUCUUGGUGGAGAAGCAGCCUCCCCAGGUGCUAAAGACACAGACCAAGUUCCAGGCUGGGGUUCGGUUCCUUUUGGGCUUUCGGCUCCUGGGGACUCCAACCAAGACACCCCUGGUCAGAGCAGACAUGGUGACUGAAAAGCAGGCGAGGGAACUGAAUCAUCCCCAGGGGUCAGGGGCUGGAGUGGAAAGCACAGGAGAAAUCACCAACAACACGGUGCCUCUGGAGAACAGCAUCCCAGGGAACUGCUGCUCUGCCCUCUUUAAGAACUUGUUACUGAAGAAAAUCAAGCGUUGUGAACGGAAGGGCACAGAAUCUGUAACGGAGGAGAAGUGUGCUGUUCUCUUUUCUACUAGUUUCACCCUGGGACCCAACAAUCUCACCUUCCACCUCCAGGCUCUGUCCCUUCCCUUGGUUGUGAUUGUCCAUGGGAACCAGGACAACAAUGCCAAAGCCACUAUCCUAUGGGACAAUGCCUUCUCAGAGAUGGACCGAGUACCAUUCAUGGUGGCUGAGCGGGUACCGUGGGAGAAAAUGUGUGAAACACUGAAUCUCAAAUUCAUGGCAGAGGUGGGAACAAGUCAGGGCCUUCUCCCUGAACAUUUCCUCUUUCUGGCCCAGAAGAUUUUUAAUGACAACAGCCUCAAUAUGGAAACCUUCCAGAACCGCACUGUGUCAUGGGCACAGUUCAACAAGGAGAUUCUCCUUGGCCGAGGCUUCACCUUCUGGCAGUGGUUUGAUGGAGUCCUGGAUCUCACCAAGCGUUGCCUCCGCAGCUACUGGUCUGACAGGCUAAUCAUUGGCUUCAUCAGCAAACAGUACGUCAACAAUCUACUCCACAGUGAACCAGACGGUACUUUCCUCCUUCGAUUCAGUGACUCAGAGAUUGGGGGCAUCACCAUCGCACACAUCAUCCGGGGCCAAGAUGGUACACCACAGAUUGAGAACAUCCAACCAUUCUCAGUCAAAGAUCUAUCUAUAAGAUCCCUUGGGGACCGGAUUCGUGACCUAGCUCAGCUGAAGAACCUCUACCCAAAGAAACCCAAAGAUGAGGCCUUCCGGAGCCAUUACAAGCCGGAACAGAUGGGCAAGGAUGGCAGGGGUUAUGUCCCAGCUACUAUCAAGAUGACUGUUGAACGGGACCAGCCGUUACCUACUCUGGAAAGCCAGCUGCCUUCCAUGGUGCCCACCUAUGACCUUCAGCCUAGUCCUGAGCCCUUUACCAUGCAGUUUGGAUCGGAGAGAAUGCCCAGGGCUCCAGGACUUCCAGUACACCCUGUGCCAACAUAUCACAUGCAGCCUUUGGAGGAAAUGUCCACCUUCCAAGAUGGACCAUCCCUACAGAUGGCAUCGAUGGCUAACAGAAUGAAUCAGAGUCAGCUGAACCUGCCUUUUGACCAAACACAUCCUCAGGUUCUGAUUCAAUCCACGGACCCAGCAAUCCUCAACCCCAACUCCCUGGCCUGUUCAGAGGUGAUCAUGAGUGAAGAAAACAGACUAGAGCCACCUAUGUUUCCAUUAGAAAACUGGAGUGAAGGCCUCCCUUCCUUGCUGCCCCCGACUGAUCAGGACCUGACCAAGCUUCUCCUGGAGGGGCAGAUGGAAACUGGGGCAGGGUCCCUGCCAAUUCAGCCCCUUAUGUCCACCUCUCACUAUGGACAGCCUAGUUUGACCCCUUCUUCCCAUCUAGACCUAAGAACCAAUCCCAGCUGGGGACCCUAGCCAGGAAGGGGGGGUGGAGUCUGGGAGAUCCUCUUUCUUCCUAGCCUUCAAGAGACCUCCCCAGCUUCCUGCCAACUUUUGGAGACAGGAACCUGCUCUGGUCUGGAAUUCAGUCCAUGAUCUCUGCCCCCCUCCCCCAACUACACGCCACAAGACAGUCAAAAUAAAGGGUCCCCUGCCCUUCUGCUGAUAGAUCCACUGUCCAUCAGAGUAAGAGAACUCUGCCAGGAGAUUUGCUAUGGGCAUUGUAGCUCUUCUCCUACCCCCAGGCCACCUCUCCUGAAUAGGGAAGGUGGGUCUGUAAAAUCUGGGAAGUCCAAGUAUGCCAGCACAUGCCACCAUAGGCAGGAGGCACAAGCAUUUCUCAUACAAAUGUGCAGCAGGUGAGGCCAGGGGAGGGCACAGAGAAUGGUCCCUCCUGCUGCAUUCAGGGCCCCAGGACCCACAUGCAGAAACACAGACACGCUCGUGUCUUGGCACUGUUAUCUGGGGCUGAAGUGAUGAGUUGGCUCCAGGCAGCCUGGUGAUGGGGUUUGAAGAGGGCUUGGGUGGGGGUGAAGAAGGAGAGGAGGAGGAGUCUAUACAGUUGGUUUCUGGUGUGGGUUUCACCCAGAUUUUGAAAAUAAAACAAACCACCUU